GCGGCCGCGUCCGCGGCCGCCUAGUAACAACCGGCCCUGGGUGUGAUGUACACAUGACAGUGAAGAGAGGGUAACUAUGCCAACUAACUCUCCUCUUUCAUGCUGUGAUCAUUCUUUUAAUGCCAAAGUGACCCUGAAACACAUGGAUCUACUGCAAAUCUGUCUCUUACAGCAUAGCUGGAGAGUGGAGCCAUGGCUAGGAGAGAGAGAAUUGGCUUUAUCUAGGAUUGACAUGUCCCUCCAGGUUGUGAGCAGAUGGAAGAUAGAAACUGCUGACUAUAACAUGUGGGGGGAUUUGAGGAGCUUUAUUUCAAGAAUGGCGUUAAGCAGCUGCUGAGCACAGCAAGUCCAAUUAGAUGAAGAGAGAGGCCCUGUGGGUGCCCUGUACCCUGGCCUUCUUCAACUGCCCUUCAUACUGGGUCACUUUGAACAACUGAUUUUCAUGAGUGGCAAAUCCCCCUGAGUCAGCAAACACCUGGUGCUGGAAGGAAGGGAGGGACCCACUUGCAGGGAAGGCUAGAACAUUUUCAGGGACAGGAAGGCUCUGUCUUGGAUAAGGCUGGGUCAGACCAAAAGGGCACUGGAGGCCCCAGGGGGCUUUCUUGGGAUUUACCUUAGCUUGAUAAAAAAUAAAGGCAAUGGGAGCAGGUGCCAGUGCUGAGGAAAAACAUUCCCGUGAACUAGAGAAGAAGCUGAAGGAAGAUGGAGAGAAGGAUGCUCGGACAGUCAAGCUGCUUCUCCUUGGAGCUGGUGAAUCAGGCAAAAGCACCAUUGUCAAACAAAUGAAAAUCAUUCACCAAGAGGGUUAUUCCUUAGAGGAGUGCUUGGAGUUCAUCGCAAUUAUCUAUAGCAACACUCUGCAAUCUAUGUUGUCCAUUGUGCGGGCCAUGGGCACACUUAGCAUUCAAUAUGGAGACUCAGCCAGGCAGGAUGAUUCUCGUAAACUGCUGCACUUGGCAGAUACCAUUGAAGAGGGCACAAUGCCAAAAGAGAUGUCCGACAUCAUUUGCCGACUCUGGGAGGACGCUGGCAUCCAAGCCUGCUUUGAGAGGGCCUCAGAGUACCAGCUAAACGACUCAGCUGGCUAUUAUUUGAGUGACCUGAGACGGCUGGUAGCACCUGGUUAUGUCCCCACAGAGCAGGAUGUUCUCCGUUCCAGGGUGAAAACCACAGGCAUUAUUGAAACCCAGUUUGGUUUGAAGGACCUCAACUUCAGGAUGUUUGAUGUGGGAGGACAACGUUCAGAACGUAAGAAGUGGAUCCACUGCUUUGAAGGGGUCACUUGCAUCAUCUUCAUUGCUGCUCUUAGCGCUUAUGACAUGGUCUUGGUGGAGGAUGAUGAAGUGAACCGCAUGCAUGAGAGCUUGCACCUCUUUAAUAGCAUCUGCAACCACCGGUACUUUGCCACUACUUCCAUAGUCCUUUUCCUCAACAAGAAAGAUGUUUUCCAGGAGAAGAUUAAGAAGGCCCAUCUCAACAUGUGCUUCCCAGAUUAUGAUGGUCCUAAUACAUAUGAGGAUGCAGGUGCUUAUAUCAAGUUGCAGUUCCUUGAGCUCAAUAUGAGACGGGAUGUGAAGGAAAUCUACUCACACAUGACCUGUGCCACUGACACUCAAAAUGUUAAGUUUGUCUUUGAUGCAGUCACGGACAUCAUUAUCAAGGAAAACCUGAAAGAUUGUGGACUCUUCUGACUACAGGAGCUUGCUUUUGUUUUUCAAAACUAUUUUGAGCAACAGAGAGGAGAAACUAUCCAGGGCCCCAUCUGCACUGCCAUAUAAUGCAGUUUGAAACUGCAUUAUAUGGUCAGUGUAGACUCAUACAAUGCAAAUUAACUACAUUAACAGUGUAGAUGGGUCCCAAGUCUCCCAAUUUGCACCACUUUCCAGUAUAUAUUGUUAAAUAUAUAUUUUUAUUAUUAUAGCCUAUGCAAUUGGAGGUAUAUAGCUAUCUGCUGGAGAACAAUUUAUCUUCCCAUUGCUGCUGAGCCAUGGCAAAGGAAGCCUAUCUCUAAGGAACAGAGCUCAUAUUCUGUAUACUAAAGGCCACAGAUUGCAAUUCCAUCCCUGGCAUUGCAUUAGAUAAUAGGUGACAUGAGAGACACCUGCCUCAGACCCUAGAGAACUGCUGGCAGUCAGACUAGAUAUAUUGGAAUAGAAAUGGGCAUGCCAGAGUAUCCCUCUGCUUCCCUUAACAGCAGAAGCUGUGUUAGUGCCUUCAAGCUUUGCUUGGGGGUUUCCCUGAGGCAUUGAGAUCUUAGUCGUCAGUUAGGAUGUCAGACUAGCUGGAUGUUUGGUCUAAUGGAGCUGAGGUCCUGUUCACCAAAGAUGGAAGCAAUGAACAGUGAGAUGGAGGACGUGUCAAAGUAGCAAUCCAGGAGAAAGGACUACAUGCAGGCCUUGCUUUUUCACGUGGCAACUGUUUCUGCAGACAUCCUUGCUCUGUCUGAACAAAAGAAGCAUUGCUUAUUGAGCAAAGUUCAGUGAAAGUAAAAUCAUCCCGUUACUCAAGAUGAUACAUUCCACUCUCUUUAUAUGGGUGCUGUCUCAAGUAGUGAACCACUCAUACAGAAGCAGUUCCUUCCUCUUGCAGGCUUGGCCAGGCAGACACCACUACAGAUUACAAGCAAAGCGAACAUGCACCUGGUCACAAGCAUUUAUUUGAACGUCCAGAACUGGAGAUGGUCUGAUACCUCUGUUAGAAAGCUUUCCAACUAUACGCAAGAAGAUUGAACUCUUCCUUUUCAUCUGUACUCUGGCUUGCUAACAAAAAAAAAUCCUUGUUCUGGAAACUUUUUCGUCUAAGCCACUGUUGGAUGUGAGAAGCUGCAAACUUGUAUGACCUUUCCUCUUUUAAUGUAAACGCUUGCUGAAUCCUGCCAUUUGUAUUCAAUAUUUCCCUAGUCUUCUUGUGGGCUCCUGCUUUCUGCCUGCAGCACAUUGCUUUCUAUGAAUGAGGAAUACAUGCCCAGAUUACUAAAGACAUUGGACUGGAGUGCCAGAAUUCUGCCAGGCAGAGAGAACACUGCAGUUGCACCAGUAGAUACACAGCUUCUGAUAUUUACACAAGAUAGACGUUGGAGCACUUUUCCUGAAAACAAAACAAAAAAAAAAACUUUGACCUCCUGGUUAAAGCAAGUCAGGACUGCAGAAUACUUCAUAAGAAAAGACUUAAGUUUGAUUUCCUCCUACAAGGCAUUGUGUCCACAUAGUUUUCCUCCACUUUCAGUUUCACAAAUCUGCCAUCGCUGAAAUGGGGUUCUCUAUAUAAGGAUAGAUGCACAAUACCAGUGCCCUGUCACACAAUACAUUUUUGAACAACAUAUGAAAAAUCAACAAAGACUUCAAUUUUUUCAGUUCCCAGAAAAAUACAAUUGUGCAGCACACAUUCUUUUUCAGGGAGAAGCAGGGAACUUUGCAGCACCCCACAGGGGAUAUGUUCCCAGAAUUCGCAUGGAUAUGUGAAAAAGCAGACAAUAGCGAAAUCUAUUAUUUUUUAUAGGACAAAUAACAGAGUAUCGAGAAAAGUGUGUAGCUUUACAACAGUCCCUAAGUAACUGGUAAGUGAAACUGCAUAUAUUGGCGCCACAGAUAGAGGGGGGAUCAUACUGUAAAUAAAACUAGACCAGUCUGAAAUCUUAGUUUCAAUACUCCUAAAACAGUGUCUGAAACACUUAUCUGUUGUUGGUCAUGAUUUUGUUAUAUAGUUCGAGCUUUAUUCUGGCAAAAGUUUUGAAACUGUACUGCAGGCAUUAGAAAACCCUUGCAAAAUCAUGGGACUUUCUUUAAAAUGCUGGGCCACA